AUGUAGUUUCCACUGAUUGCUCUUUUAGUAAUGCUGCAGACCAAUGCCAUUACACAAUGUUGUUCAGAAUGUGUGGGAAUCGCUAGGUCACUCAUUCUUCAGCUCAUACAGGGGGCGGAUUUUACAUCACAACUGUGUCAAAGCUUGCACAAGUUUGCUUAAUUAAGUGCUGCAUUAGUGUACUCUUAGAUGACAAGAAAAUUGUGACAAAAAGGGGAAUUUGCAAUAUAGGCAAAGAAUGUAAUUUCCACUGAUUGCUCUUUUCAAUCUAAGGCUAUGGUAAAAAUUAAUGAGUAUAGAGUGAUG